AUGUUAUUCGACGACUACCUCGAUGACAAUGUCUUCUCAUUCGAUAUACAUUCUUUAGACCCGUGUGAGGGCUUUGGCACGGCUGCGCCAGCAUUUGAUCUAACACAAAACCCAUUCUGCUUCGACUGGAUCUUGCAGCAAUCACAUCAACCAUACGGAUAUGCACAUGCACCACCCAGCACAGCUACGACUGCAACGACAGGAGCUUCAGAUGAUUUCUGUGUCGACCCUUCAACAGCAGCCAGUAUUCCGUCGUCGUUUACUACUCUAGCGUCACUGCCUUCGCUAUCGCCGCAGUCACAGCCAUCGGCACUUCCACUCGAAAUGGGGAUGGAAAUGGAGGCAAAAAUGGAAUUGGCCGAGAGCUCAUCCUUCGACUUGAGUGCACCACUGCCUAGGGAUAGGCUGGGCUCAAGCGCUGGCUCGACCAGUAGCUCCUCCAGCUCAGAUGAAUCGCACUCAGGACCGAUGAGAAAGUACAAGUGCUCCCUAUGUCCUAGGGCGUUCGCCAGGCAGUUCAACUUGAAGCAGCACAUUCAGACUCAUAAUCCAGACAGAGUCAAGCCGCAUGAGUGCACUUAUGAAGGUUGUGGUAGGAGAUUCUCCAGGAAGCACGAUCUCGUUAGACACGCACAGUCGAUUCACGGUGUGGCUGGUCCACCCACCAAAGCAUCCAGGAAACAAUCUCCUCAAGCGAUCGCUGAAAUGAUAGCUAGAAGGCAAAAAGCUAGAAACAAAACAAUCUCAAAUCUCACAGACACUGUGAUGGCUCAACCUAUAAACGCCAACGCAACGCCAGAGAGAAAUCUCUGA